AUGUCUCUGGUCGGAGAGUACGUCGGGCCAGACGGGGAGCGGCGGGAGCUGCGGGUUCUCUGUGAAGCAUGCGGUGACGCCGACCCUCUCCAGAAGCUGUUGUGGGGUGUGACCCAGAUGAAGGAGCUGGUAAACCAGUUUUUCGACCCUUUGGUACAGCGGGAAGCGAAGGGUCGAGUGACUACGGAUCCAGAGGAGACGCUGGAGGGUAAUGAUGAAGAUGAUGCAGAAGAUGAAAAUAACCUUGAUAAAAGAACUAAUUCAGAUGGACCAUCUGCAAAGCGGCCAAAAACACCAUCUGAGCAGUAGUUUUUGUGAAAUUUAAGACUAUUGCUUUGUCCUAAGUAUCACACACAUAUUAAAGAAGACUGGAGAUCUAAUUUGGAAAAGCAUUUAUUUUGUUUAUCUGGGACAGGUUUGUCAGAAAGUUUUCUGUUGCUAGCAGAGAGAUACAGUGAAUUAUUUAGGAAUAAAGUCUGUUUUGUUGAGUAAAAAAUUACAGGACUUAGAAAUGUAUAAAAUACAUAUAAUAUAUAAAAUCCUCUAAGACAAACUGAAUUUUAUUGCCCUCUAACCAUUGAAUUAAAUUGUGUGAAGUCUACAUCUUGAGGCUGCUGCUAUAAAAAGUACAUACCAUGAAUUAUUGGCAGUAAAUCUCAAAAGAACUGAUAUGAACAAGUGGCAGAAAUUGGGUAUUAAAUGUCAGAAUGUCAGUUUCUUUUUUUUUUUUGGUCUUUUUGAGAUGGUCUCACUAUGCAGGUCAGGCUGGUCUUGGACUCACUUUGUAGCCCAGGCUAGUCUUGAACUUGCAAUGAUCCUCCUGCCUCAGUCUCCUGAGUGCUGGGAUUAUAGAAUGUCAGUUCCUUAAAAAAAAAGGAAAAUAAGAAACUAGAAACACUAACGGAAAAGCAGAGACUUUGAGAGAGAUUCAAGGAAACCCUGAGUUUGUACCUACACUCAUUUUGUAGCUAUCCAGAGAUGAUUCCACUCUGAACAUGCAUUAAUUUUCUGAUUUAUCUGGUAACCUCUGCAGCAAGAUGAGGUAUGUUCGUGCACUGCAAUGUUUUUGUGGUAUAUAUACAAAUACAAAUAUGAGCCUAAGUAAAUCAUCCUUGUUGACUGUAAUCCCAGCACACAGGAGGCUGCAAACACAAAUCAUGUUCCUAAAAUGAAUGUGUGUUCUUUUUUCAGUGAGACUGAGGCAUUUUUAUUUGCUGUAUAUCAUUCAAGAUUAAUUGAUAGAGCUAAGACACAAAGAAACCAAGUAUUUGUAGAAUUUUAGAGUUGAAAGUAACCUUACAAAUUAUAUGAGUAUUUUAGGAAUAAAUGGAAUUUUAGAAUAGUUAUUUGACUCAGGUAACUGAGAUAAAUAUUAGAAGAGGUAGGUUACAUAUGCAGCCUUUAAGUAUUUAAGGUGAUAAAAUGUUAGAUUAUCAAUCAUCUUUUGUAAUCACCUUUAUGAAAUAAUGUAAGUGAUAAUUUUGUACUUUUCCAGUUACAUUUUCUGAAAUCUAUAACUUACAGCAUGCUUUUAAGGAUGCUCAAUUUACAUACUUUUCAUAUCCCUAAAAUAAUCUUUUACUUGGAACAUCAGCCUUCCACUAAAUCCUCUUAUGUCAUCAAGACAGUGCCAACUAGAAGGUUGACCAACUACAAAUGGUCAGAUAUCACCUUAUUUAGUUUAUUAUGAUUCUAAUACUCAACUGUUACUAUACUCCACCUCUCUGUGUACAACCUUUAGAGAGAAAACUUACCCAUAUAUAGUUGAGGUAGCAUAUAAACUGAUGGUUGAACUUGACUCCUGAACAUUUGUUACCUUUGUUUAGUAAAUAUGUUUAUAAAGAUACUUCAGGAUAGUAGUUUUGCUUAUAGUCCCGUGUUUUGAGGUUCUGGGUUAUACGAUAUGCUAUUUAGUUUUAAUACUGAAAUAAUCUAGAAUAUGUUAGUAUAAACUUAUUUAACGGUUUGAAACAGCUCUAACAUUACUUUUGUACAGAAAAGCCAAUCUCAAAUUCUGCCUAAAAGUCAGCUUAACACUAAGCUUAAAUAAUCUUAAAUGUGAAACAUAGAAUUUUUGUAAGAGAGAUGACUUUCCUAAAAGUUAGUGCUUAAGUAGUACUUAAUGUAAAUAAUAUAUAUAUAUUUCUUUUUGUCUUUUUCAUUUUUAUCGGUACCAGGGAUCGAGCUCACGGCCACCUCCUUGCAAGGCAGGUGCUUAUACCACUGAGCUAAAUCCCCAGCCCCUAAAUAAUACAAUUUUAUGGCCAAUGCCUUUCACACUUUUUUAAUAGGUUGAGAUUCCUUAGCUAUACUCUAAGGACUUUUAAGUAUUUUUUUAAGGUUUUUAUCUGUACCAGGGAUCGAACUCACGACUGCCUGCUUGCAAGGCAGGCCCUUAUGCCACUGAGCUAAAUGCCCAGCUUAAGUAUUUUUUUAGCCACCUAUAAAGAAAAAAAAAUUACUUUGAGGGAGAAAAAUAGAUAAAGAAUAUGGGGGAAAUAGGUCUGUCCCCUGGGCCAAAUGAUUUUUGUUUAGCUUUUCUCAUCCUGUAGGUCUUAAUUUUACAUUUCCUCCAGGAAUACAUUUUAGUUUUGUUUUUUAAAUGUUGCACCAGGGAUUGAACUCAGACCUCAGACCCUUAGGCAUGUCUAGAGAUUGAAUGCAGGGCCUCAUGCUAGACAAGUACUUUGCCACUGAGCUAUAUAUUUUUGUUUUGCGACUGUCUUGCUAAAUUGCCUGUGCUGCCCUCCAGCUGUGAUCCUUCUGCCUAAAAGAUCUGUAUUUUUAAAGGAAAUAAGGUGUAUGAUUUCUUCCAAAUGAGAAAAUAAGUUGGAGAUGUGGUUUUUGGUUGUGUAGUACUUUUAUCUUGUUUUUAUAUUUAUCCUAUUAAAGAUACAGGUAUUUCUCAAUGGAAUUGUUCAA